ACUAGCAUCAGCCCAUCAAGUGAUUCAACUUCACAAGUUGGACAUCUCUACAUUGUGACUUGUACUGUGUCUAAGUUGCCUGGGCUAACUCGCACACCAAUUGCCCAGUGGCUCAAGGUUUCCAUGGGAACUAAAAGAAUCGGCAUACCCACUCCUAAUGAAGCUGCUCUCAUUCUCUCUCCACUGAGAACAUCAAAUGCUGGCACAUACCGUUGUCAGGGCAACCUCACUACUACCAUUCGCUCUCUACCACUUUCGAGCAGCAGUAAUUUUACUUUAAUUGCGCAAAUACCAACACCAGCAGUGACAAUCUCAAGGUCUCCCUCUAGUUCAGCUUUGUUUGCUAACCUCAGUGUGAUAACAUUUAUAUGUCAAGUGUCCAUACAUACAAGCAUUGAUACUCCCGUCACUUUGAGCUUGACUUGGACUCGUGAGGUUUAUAGUGAUGAAGAUGAUACAACCACUGAAGUGAUCAUGGUGAAUAGUACAACCAAACAAAUCAAGAGAAGAUGGACAUUUAAUGAUUUAAGUUCAAGGGACCAGAGAGUGACUUGCAAUGGAACAUUAAGUUCAGCUAGCAGUUUUAUUCGAGGCAAUAGCAGUAUAUAUGAAGAUAGGUUAUCUGUUGCUGGUAUGUUCCUGAUGUUUAACGGCAGUGUACUGGACAACAAGACCUCUGUACCAGCGAGGGAUGUACGUGUCAUCCAGUGUUACUCUGAUAAGACAGAUACAUUCAAUGCAAACCAACACGGAUGGACUUUCCCUAAUAGCACCAAGAUUACUAACGUCAGCACACUGGCUGUUGCAACACGGGAGGGAGGACAUCUGACACUCACUCGAGUGGGGAACAGUUCCCUGCCAGCUGGAGAGUAUUGUUGCAAGGCUCAGGAUGCCAGGGGAACUAGCCACACCCUCUGUGUGCAUGUGGAGCAAAGUCGCUCAGUGUUGUUAAGGUUCCGAUUGGUCGGUGGAGUGGUAGGAGGAGUGGUCAUUGUCCUUAUCCUUGUGAUUGUUGUCAUAGUGAUAGCUAAUUUUGUGUUUAAGAGCAGAAGAGAGAAGCUUACUAUCAACAAAACAACAAAAUGUAACGUACCACCAGUGUCGCUAAAGGGUGGGGUCAGUACUGGUGAGAUACACACAUACGAGAUGAUUGAAAUGGGUCACGAAUACGAGGAAGUGUCCAAGUUCCAAGGAGCCGUCGGUGGAGAGUAUGAGAUCAUUGGAGCACCCCCACAGACAACUGGCUCCGAGAGUAAGGCUGUUAUAAAGACUGAGCCAUCACCACCCACUCCACCACAACCCUCUGGAAAUGAUAUUGAGUUUACAGAGUGCAUUGCUUACAGCACGACCACCCACAGUCGCCCCCCACAGCCCACAGGCUUAUGAACAAAUACCGCCGUUGAUGCUGACUGCUUAUAAUU